UACCACUGGGCUAUUCCCUCCUUUUUUCUCCAAAUCGCACAUGUUGGACAUUGUCAUCAGCGAAUCACUUUGGCUCGCCGGUGUUCAGAAGUCUUGCAGUCCUCUUCGUGCGUCUCCUUUUGUAUUUAGUAUUCGCAUACCCACAGUAAUGUUGAAAACCUACGUCGUUGCGUCAUCCACACAAUCACCACAAACCCAAAAUGUCCCUUGCGAUAAAUCACCAACGCUCAAGCUCAGCCGUCUCAACGGUGGUUCAACCCUCAAGCUCACCGCGCACGCAAAAACUUGAAGACAGUAAUAUUAACAGCAACGGGAACACCACCUCAGGUCAAUCCCACUCUGCAAAGAAGCGCCAACGAUGCUUCAGUGCAAAUAAAGCUCAUCCUGAAAACAACAAUACACACACCCACCAGAAAACGGCAUCCCCUCAGCAAGUUCGCUUUCCCGGAAACCAAAACAAGACUCCGGGCUCCCCUAUGCGCAAAGAAAAACAUACAGCUCAACAGCCUCGCCCUGACCGGCAAGAGCAAUCUGCUCGCAAGUCGUGCAAUUCAAAGUCGGAACGUUCAAGCACUGAUUCUCGACCAGCUCCACCCACUGUAAAACCGUCACCUUCGACUUCUCCCAAGCAACGCGGCCUAUUGGUAGAGCCAGGUUCAAAGGCUACUAGCAACUCUGAAUCAAACGCUAACAGGAAGCGCCGCAGUAAACGGUCUUCCGCUUCCCGUCAGCAACUGACUGAUGAUGGAGGAAAAUGCGACCAGCAGUACGAUCAGCGAGCAACGCCCCUUGUACAACAGAGAUAUUCGAAUACCACGCCUCAAAGACCGCGCAGGCUGAGCGCUCCAGAUUUGCGUUUACAACAUCAAGAUCAGCCUCUUAUGGAUCCGCACCCCGCCGACACGCAAUCAAAUCAAGCUACUGGCAGCCUGUAUGCUGGUGCAACUUUUCAGAAUUCUCCCGCCGCGAGCGCGUUACCAUUGCCAGUAUUCUCUGGCCGCUGCGGACCCAAAGGUCCCGUGAUUCCAAUGGCGUCGUCUGCCGCGACGACCGAGUCCUCCUCAUUGCCGACACCCUCUUUCCAUCCGCCUCUUUUACGCGGCCCUUCCCGCACCUUUUCUCAUGAAACUUUGAACAUGACAGGCACUCCAUCCCCACGCCGGUACAUGGAACUUGAUCAAGAAAUGUUUAACAUGGACGAUGAUGCAAGAAUCAACGACGAGGAGCUCCGCAAAAAGUCUAGAGAUCUUUUAUCACUCCUCACUGGAGCAAAGACUCCAAUAAACGAAACAAUUAAGCCUGCCGACAGGCACACUAGACCUAUCCCGUCUAGACCUUUGUCACACCCUCUUCCUUUGGCGCCUCAGGACGAGCAAAGUAUGUUGGCUCAGAUCAGCCAGGACUUGAAGCAAAUGCUGAAAAUCAAUGGUCCUUGUGGAAAUUGAUUGCAUGAAUCAGAUGGAUGGAAAUAAUUGAUGGAGAUAUUGCUAUUGGGAUGAUCACGUCCCUUUUGUUCAUUAAAAUAUACUAGCUGAUCUCUGAAA